UCUUCAACCUCAGGCAGAUUCUGGAAGAAGCUGACUGCCUGGGGGACAGUUACAAAACAUGAACAUCACUCUGAGGUGACCAGCAGGUGCAGUGUAGUCCCCUGCACCUCCCACACUGGAUCGAAGCCUGGGAACUGUAACUUCAGAUGUGGGAACUUGGGUCCAGAGGGUGGGAGUGACAGCCCCGGUCAAAUCCUGUGGACCUUGGAGCCCUUGGCGGCCCACUGGGCAACCCCUCUUCACCAGGGCUUGGAGUUAAAGUCCCUUGCAAGCACUUUCCUUCCAAUGGCGGACCAGAGGAUGGACAUUUCGUCAACAAUCAGCGACUUCAUGUCUCCGGGCCCCACUGACCUGCUCUCCAGCUCCCUGGGCACCAGUGCUGUGGACUGUAACCGCAAGAGGAAAGGCAGCGCCACCGACUACCAAGAAAGUAUGGACACAGACAAAGAUGACCCUCACGGAAGGUUAGACUAUGCAGAACACCAGGGGAGGAUCAAGAAUGCACGGGAGGCCCACAGCCAGAUCGAAAAGAGACGUCGGGACAAAAUGAACAGUUUCAUCGAUGAGCUGGCUUCCUUGGUGCCAACAUGCAACGCCAUGUCCAGGAAGCUAGACAAGCUCACCGUGCUGAGGAUGGCUGUUCAGCACAUGAAAACAUUGAGAGGUGCCACGAACCCAUACACAGAAGCAAACUACAAGCCAACAUUUCUAUCCGAUGAUGAACUGAAACACCUCAUUCUCAGGGCAGCAGACGGAUUUUUGUUUGUCGUAGGAUGUGACCGAGGGAAGAUUCUCUUUGUCUCUGAGUCUGUCUUCAAGAUCCUCAACUAUAGCCAGAACGACCUCAUCGGCCAGAGCUUGUUUGACUACCUGCAUCCUAAAGACAUUGCCAAAGUCAAAGAGCAGCUGUCUUCCUCAGACACUGCGCCCCGGGAGCGACUCAUUGACGCAAAGACUGGACUUCCGGUUAAAACAGAUAUAACCCCUGGGCCUUCCCGGUUGUGCUCUGGAGCUCGCCGCUCUUUCUUCUGUAGGAUGAAGUGCAACAGGCCUUCCGUAAAGGUGGAAGACAAGGACUUCGCCUCUACCUGCUCAAAGAAGAAAGCAGAUCGGAAAAGCUUCUGCACAAUCCACAGCACAGGCUACCUGAAGAGCUGGCCACCCACAAAGAUGGGGCUGGACGAAGACAACGAGCCGGACAACGAGGGCUGUAACCUCAGCUGCCUCGUCGCCAUCGGGCGACUACAUUCGCAUGUGGUUCCACAACCAGUGAACGGGGAAAUAAGGGUGAAAUCUAUGGAGUAUGUUUCUCGGCACGCAAUAGAUGGGAAAUUUGUUUUUGUAGAUCAGAGGGCGACGGCUAUUUUGGCAUAUCUACCACAGGAACUUCUAGGCACAUCAUGUUAUGAGUAUUUUCAUCAAGAUGACAUAGGACAUCUUGCAGAAUGUCACAGGCAAGUGCUACAGACAAGAGAAAAGAUCACGACUAAUUGCUAUAAGUUUAAGAUCAAAGAUGGUUCCUUCAUCACACUACGAAGCCGAUGGUUCAGUUUCAUGAACCCGUGGACCAAGGAAGUAGAGUACAUUGUCUCCACCAACACUGUUGUUUUAGCCAAUGUCCUGGAAGGUGGGGACCCAAGCUUCCCGCAGCUAACAGCAUCCCCCCACAGCAUGGACAGCAUGCUGCCCUCUGGAGAAGGUGGCCCAAAGAGGACUCAUCCCACUGUUCCAGGCAUUCCAGGGGGAACCAGAGCUGGAGCAGGAAAAAUAGGUCGCAUGAUUGCAGAGGAAAUCAUGGAAAUCCACAGGAUAAGAGGGUCGUCACCUUCCAGCUGCGGCUCCAGCCCACUGAACAUCACAAGUACGCCUCCCCCUGACGCCUCCUCUCCCGGAGGCAAGAAGAUUCUCAAUGGAGGGACUGCAGACAUCCCUUCCGCUGGCCUGCUGCCAGGGCAGGCUCAGGAGGCCCCGGGCUAUCCAUACUCUGAUAGCUCUUCUGUUCUUGGUGAGAACCCCCACAUAGGCAUUGAUAUGAUAGACAAUGACCAAGGAUCAAGUAGUCCCAGUAAUGACGAGGCAGCGAUGGCUGUCAUCAUGAGCCUCUUGGAAGCAGAUGCGGGGCUGGGUGGUCCUGUUGACUUUAGCGACUUGCCAUGGCCGCUGUAGACACUACAUUUUGCUUCGGCAACAGCUACAGUAUCAAAGUGCAUUACUGGUGAAGUUUUACAGUGUGUGAAGCUUACUGGAUAGGGAGAGAGCAGCUUUUAUGUACUGACUCCAUAAAAGCCAUCUCAGAGCCAUUGAUACAAGUCAAUCCACCAUGUGUAAC